AUGCCCCCAAACCGCCACUACCUCCUUCUCCUUCUUACAGGUCUCUCUCAGGCCCAACGCUUGGCCAGCCUACCUAAGGGCCUCUACGACGAUGAAGUAUCCAUCUCGGCACUCACCUACGCCGACGUGCUCCAAGUCCGUCAGGCCCCCGCUGGUUCUGGAGGCUCUGGCGGCGCUGGCGGAUCCAGCGGACCUGGUGGUUCCGGCAGUGGUUCCGGUGGCUCCGGGGCCGGUAGCGGCCCUCCAAGCAGUGGCGGAAGCAGCAGUGGAGGCGGCAGCGGUGGAGGCAGCAGUAGUGGAGCUACCAGGUGCGCCUCAAACGAGAUAGCCUGCGACUCUACCUGCAUCCCUGCAGGUUCGACAUGCUGCUACCAGGGAAACAACGCCUUCUGCGGUGCCAACGAAUACUGCACCGGCCAGAACACGUGUUGCCCACUAGGCUCGGCGUGUCCCGGCCCCGGGAUUUGUGCGCCUGGUACCGUGAGGUGCGGAGUCGGGUGUAUUCCCGAGGGAUUUGUCUGCUGCUCGAACCAUUAUUGCAAUCCCGGCGACGCUUGUUCUGCUACGGGAUGUACGAGGGCCACUGCCUGUUCUGCUAGAACCAUUACUGUUACCGUUACGGGAGGUAGCGGAGGCGGAGGCGGCGCCUCUACUUCCCGGGGUGCUGCUCCGACUGGUGGCGCAGGCGGUGGCGCUGGAGGCAGUGGUGGUUCUAGCUCCGCUCGUCCCCCUUCUUCUAGCGGCGGUGCAGGUGCCGGUGCUGGAGGUGGUGCCGGGGGCGGUGCGCCUCCCAGCUCUACUCGUGCAGCUGCUCCCACCGGCGGCUCUGGUGCUGGCUCUGGUGCAGGAUCUGGUGGGGGUGCAAGCUCCGGUGGUUCUGGCGGCGACAGGGGAGUGACUCUUACCUCUACUUCUCGUGGUGCUGCGCCUACGGGUGGUGCUGGCGGUGCUGCUCCUGGAGGUAACUCUGGCUCUGGUGGCGGCAGUGGUGGCGCUCCUGGCGGUGGGUCCGGCGGUUCCGGGGGCUCUGGUUCUGGUGGACCUGGCGGCUCUGGAGGUGCAGGCGGUUCCUCUGGCGGUUCAGGCUCUGCUCCUGGCUCUGGCUCUGCUCCGGGUGGUGGCGCAGGAGGUCCUGGAGGCUCCGGAGGCUCGGGUGGUUCCGGUGGCGCGGGUGGCCCUGGUGGAUCUGGCGGAUCUGGUGCUCCAGGCGGUGCUGGGCCUUCUGGUGGUUCUGGAGCGGGUGGACCUGGUGGGAGCUCUACCCAAACCGCCCGAGGGCCUGGGGCAGCUCCUACAUCUGACGCUCCCGGGCCUUCUGGUGGCUCCGGCCCUGGAUCUGGUUCCGGAGCUGGCGGACCCCCAACCUCAGCCACUCGAGCUCCCAGUGCGGGCUCCGGAAGCGCUCCUAGCGCUGGUCCCUCAGCUUCGUCGGGGCCCGUCAUUGUUAGCUCCGCCUCCUCGGCCUACAUCAGGUGGGAAAAUGCCAUCGUCGCCGUGGUUGUUGGCGCCCUCCCCUACAUUAUGUGA